GAAUGAGUGGCAGGCCGCUCGGCGGAGAAGUCCUGCGCAGGCCUGUGACGCCCUGGGGCUGCGGGUCCAUCGGCGCUAGCCUGCCCCCUCUGCGGUCCUCGCCCGUACCCACAUUGAUUUCCGCUGCCUCUGGGGACGCUGAGACGCAGCCUCUGAGUCGCGGGAGAGCUUCUGUUGGGUCAGCAGCGCAAGGGGCUUGCCGCGGCCCGUCACCGGCGCUUCCUGCCUCCCGGCUGGGCCGGGGUCCGAGCACCGCCUGCACGGCGGCUCCGCCGGACCGGCGGACCGGGCCGCAGCCCGCGCCCGAAGCGGACGGCGUCAUGAGGCACCUGCCUUACUUCUGUCGCGGUGAAGUGGUGCGGGGCUUUGGCCGCGGCUCGAAGCAGCUAGGCAUCCCCACCGCUAACUUUCCUGAACAAGUAGUAGAUAAUCUUCCAGCUGAUAUAUCCACUGGCAUAUAUUAUGGCUGGGCCAGUGUUGGAAGUGGAGAUGUCCAUAAGAUGGUGGUGAGCAUAGGAUGGAACCCAUACUAUAAGAAUACAAAGAAGUCCAUGGAAACUCACAUCAUACAUACCUUCAAAGAGGACUUCUAUGGGGAAACCCUCAAUGUGGCCAUCGCUGGCUACCUCAGACCAGAAAAAAACUUUGAUUCUCUAGAGUCACUUAUUUCAGCAAUUCAAGGUGAUAUUGAGGAAGCUAAGAAACGACUAGAUUUACCAGAACAUUUGAAACUCAAAGAAGACAAUUUCUUCCAGGUUUCUAAGAGUAAUAUAAUGAAUGGCCACUGAUGAAAAAUCACCUUAUUUAUUCAUUCACUGUUUUCAAGUAUUUUACUGCUCAUAACUAUGUAAUCUCAUCUUGAUUAUAUUUUAAAAAUCAAACAUUUUCCUACAGCUGUGAAUUAGUUUAAACAGUACGAUGUAAAUGUAGUUACCUUAUUAUACUUGAACUGUUCAAUUAAACCCAUCAUGCUACAGUACUAAAAAGAUUCAUUUUAAAAAUCAAGAUUCUUUUUAUGUAAGAUGUUGAUUAAAAUUUACUGCUAUAAAGGUCUUAAGUGUCUUGUAAUGGAAAUGAAAUGCAUAUAGCUAUGGGUAAAAAGGCAAGUCGCUAGUUUGAGAUGAAAACAGUUCUCAUAGUAAAGUACUAGUGUGUAUGUACUUGUACAGUACGUGCUGCUAAACACAGAAGGCUUAUAAAAGUAAAUGUGUUAAAUAGAGGUUUGAUAGUUUCUCUAAACCUAAGGGCGGAAAUUCAUACUUUGUAUUUUUGAUAUUUUGUGCAUUAAUAUAUUACAAACAUGAAGACUUGUGAAAUUUUCAUUAGUCAUUUCCUUUAUGAGAUCAAAUCAUUGUAUUAUGUUCAUUUUUGUUAUAGCUGCCUUAGUUCUAA